ACAAAAGAAAGCCAAGGUACCGAAGAAGGUCAUCAAGAACACUGUGCCAAUUUUACUGGCUGAAGUGAAGAAAUUGACGAGGAGCUUACUUGAAAAAGCAGGACUUCAAUCCCCUUGAAAAAUGACUAAAGGUGAAAACAAAGGAUUUUCAGAAAAUUAUCAUGCUUCUACAUUGAAAUUUAACCACCCUGAUGAACAGAGCUUGUCACGAACUCCAAGAGAAAGGCCAUCUUCAGAUUUGAGUUUUAUUAAAGCGAAGAUAAAUACCAGUCUCAUACAGAAGUACAAGAGGAACUUGAAGGCAAGCUUGGGAGCUCAUGAAAGUCUUCCUCUGAUACAUGUAAAAAAAACCAAGCCUAGUAAGGAGAUCCUCGGCAGAUCGAACAGAAAUACACGCCUCUUGUCAUCUAUGGACAACGUAAAGGCCCUCAGGGUUUCAAUAAGGGAGAUAAAGGAUAGCAAGCUGAGUUUGUAAAGAUUUUUAUCAACAUU